UUGAAGGGGAACGUUGCCGUUCAUGCCGUUUUGAUCGUUGUCUUCUAGGUGGAAUGGACUUUAGAACUAUACAAAAAUUUCCGGAUGGAUUUAAUAUAGAGCAAAUGUCUGCAUUAUUAACGGAGAAAAAACGCCAAAUUAAUGAAAAAUCCUCAAUAGUGCAAAAUGGAAUUGUAGUUAAAACAGAACGACCUGAAGUUGAAUUAUUACAAAUCUUGUUCUACUCAGACAAUAAUCUUUUGCACAUUCGUUACUCCGAGACAGACCUUUCUUCAUCAAUUUUUUAUGAUAAAAGUAUAUCUGAUAUUAUAAAUAAUAUUGGUGGAGGAGGUUUAAAUUAUUCUAUCUUGUCAAGAUCUGAUCAAUUUUCGGUAGAAUAAGUUCACUUUAUA